GGCUGGCUCAAGCAUGCUUACACUUUUCUGAAGAGGACACUGCAGGAGGACUCAAGCAAAUUUAAUGCUCACUGGAUGAAGUGUGCACAAGAGGAACGGCUUUAGCAGCACUACAAGAAGUCUGCCCUCUGACAAAAUAGCUGAACAGAACACCAGUGCUUCUGAUAAUCUGCUGUAAAGUUUCGGCAAAGGUAAUCAAACAGCAGCAAGUGCUUCAAACCCAAAGACAAAUUGUGCUUUAAUUUCCAAAAAAUGCCAGACAAAACUUUCCUCUGGUUUUUCUCAUUAAUUUUUCUGCUCUGCAACUUUCCCCCAUGCUCCAGCCGGGUUCAGAAAGCACCCCGCAGAAGGGGGGCUGCAGGAGGGGUGAACCUUCCCAAGCUCGUCACCUGCUGCGAUGAGCUGAAAGAGCUGAAGGUUCAGGUGGCGAACCUGACCGGCCUCCUUGCCGAGCUUAGCAGGAAACAGGAGACUGACUGGAUAAAUGUCGUCAUGCAGAUGAUGGAAGUGGAGAACAGCUGUCGUCAGAUUGAAUCCCGCAUUACAGAAGCUGAAGGAAAGUACUCCGAAGUGAACAAUCGGAUCGACAUUAUUCAGCUUCAGGCAGCUCAAACAGUUACACAGACAUCAGCAGAUGCUUCCUAUGACUGCAAUACUUUGUACCAAAAAAAUUAUCGUAUAUCUGGUGUGUAUAAACUGCCUGCAGAUGAGUUCCUGGGAACUCCUGAACUAGAGGUGUACUGUGACAUGGACACUGGAGGUGGUGGCUGGACUGUUAUACAACGUCGCAAGUCUGGUCUAAGUUCUUUUAAUCGUGAUUGGAAGCAGUACAAACGAGGAUUUGGUAACAUCCGCGGGGACUUCUGGUUGGGAAACGAACAUAUUUUUCGAUUAACCAGACAGCCAAGCGUACUGAGGAUAGACAUGGAGGAUUGGGAAGGACAGACUCGUUAUGCAGAAUACAGCUACUUUUCAAUAAGCAAUGAAGUAAACAGCUAUAAAUUAAUUAUUGGAAAUUAUAAUGGGACAGCUGGGCGGGACUCCCUCAGGUACCACAACAACACAGCUUUCAGCACAAAGGACAAAGACAAUGACAAAUGUGUGGACAACUGCGUACAAUUCCGCAAAGGUGGCUAUUGGUACAACUGCUGCACAGAUUCUAAUCUGAAUGGAGUUUACUAUCGUCAAGGGCAGCACACCUACAACUCUGAUGGCAUUACAUGGUACGGCUGGCAUGGUUCAAGUUACUCACUUAAGUAUGUUGAAAUGAAGAUUCGUCCACAAAACUUCAAGCCUUAAGAGCUACAACAUGUCUAUGACUUCAUUAAUGAGAAACUUAACAGUUACUGUUUAUUGAAGGAUUUUUCCAUGCAAAACUUUGGGUACCUUCGCAGAGAUUUCUUUGUCCCUCUAUUAAUUACUCACAGACAGUUACAAACCCAAAGAGAAUUAAUAUAAAAUGAAUGAAAAAAUACUAGCGCCCACAACUGAUCUUGGAAAUUUACAGAGAAAUUAAUUAAAUAUAUAUAUUUUUUGAAAAUGUCUACAGUAAUGACACCAUAGUUUUCAGUGGAAUAAAAGGACAUGAAAAUUCUUUUCAAUCUGGAAAAUAGCUACCUUAAGAAUUAGAGACUAUGCUACUCCAAAGAGUGUUGAAAAAAGCUUCAAAAUUAUCUUUGUUUCUUUUUCAUAAUAUACCUACAAUGUGAAAUAAUUUGUUCUGCCUCUCUUGCUUGCAACCCAAACUCACAACUACACAUCAACUAGCAACUCUUUCAGUUAUGAGAAAAAUAUUUUUUUUUAGUAGCAUUUUAGUCUUUUAUAUCAAUUAGAUCAUUUGCAAAGCAAGUUUGGACUGGAAGGACUAGACAAGAUAUUUACUGUUAAAGAUGGUCUAUAAGUACAAGUUGUUGUUUUAUGGUGGGAUUUGAACUGAUCAAAUGUUACUCUUUUUCUUCUAUUUGUUGCAUCAAACUUGCAUCAGAAAAAAAAUGUUCUUGAAGUUCCAAUUAAAGAAUUGUCUAUUUAGU